AUGAAAUUUCUUUCAGACAAGGCUGGUGUGCAUGAUCAAGUCUAUGCUAUGCGAAAUUUUAAGGCAGGGCAGUGUUCAGAAGUUUGCUGGUCCGUGGCAGUGCAACAAGUUAGCUCAGGGUUGCUGGGUAGUUUGUUGCUCCGUGAAGUGGUGAAUCAAGUUACUGUAACAUCUUUUGAUAAUCACUCCCAACACACUAUAAAGAUCAGUAAGAUAGGUGAUGCCCCGUGGCUUUUUUCGGCCAUCUAUGCGAGCCCGAAUAACGCCAGAAGACGUGAGAUUUGGAGAGAGUUAGAGGAUGUGAAGGAGAGUUUUAAUGGUCCAUGGUUGUUAGCAGGAGACUUCAACAAGACCUUAAGUAUUGACGAACAUAACAGUGUGAAUGGGUCUGAAAUGCAAAAAAGGUGUAAGGAGUUCUCGAAUUGGGUUACUAAAAAUGAACUCAUCGACUUGGGGAGAUCUGGCCCCGAGCACACCUGGUUUGUGGGAAACUCGCAAGAGACUUUCAAGUCAGCCAAGUUGGACCGUGGGUUAGCAAACGAUAGCUGGUGUUUAUGCUUUGACGAAGUUGCUGUUCGAGUGCUUCCGAAAGCAGCCUGGAUGAGUCAAGAGAGCUUUGAGGGAUUUAUUUUUUCAAAUUGGAGGCAAGCCGAGACUUUAAUCCCCUUUCUGAAAGUAUUUGCAAAUAAGUUGGAAGCAUGGAGCAAGAAAAAAUUCUAUAACAUUUUCCGUGAAAAAUCGAAGUUAUGGGCUCAAUUCGAGGGAGUUAAGAAAGCUUCGUCUAAAUGGGGGUCCUAG